UUCCAGGCAGGAUCUCGACGGUAGGGAAAUUAAACUUGUCAAGCUGAGGUUAGCCGGAGUAUUUGGCAGUGUUAACCCGUUCCCACCGGGUGUAAGUGAUGGAUAGUGGGAAUGGAAGGAAACCGGAUGCUCAGCAAGAAACAACGAAAGGUGUAAAUGGACGGAAGAGACCGAACGCAUCGGUAGGAGCCAAAAGCAGCACCAGCAGUAGCGGCACCGACGUUGACACUGCCAUUUUGUUGGCAAGGGCCGUCCAUCUACGCGGGUCAUUAACAACAGCAGACAGGCCGCGGCCUGCCACCGGUAUCGAAAGGGGAAGCAACGUUGGGUCACACUCGCACCAUUUUGUUGGGUCAAGAAAGCAAGCAGCUUAUGCAGAUUCUGGGUAUGUGAGGCCACAUCAUAGUCGUGCAGAUGUAAACAUUUCACAACAGGCAAUUAAUACUGAGAUUGAUGAUGAGCAUAUGCCAAAAGGAGAUUUGUCAACUGUUGAAUCCAGCAAGUCUGACACAGAGCUCCUUAGUACCCAGGAGGCAGAAGUGGUACAAGAUGACAGUGUAACAAGGCUGAGUGGCUUACUGGUCAAUGCAGUAACUCUUGCAUCAGCUGGUGAAAUGCUUCAUCAGUCCAAGUCCAGCAAUCCAACUUUUGUUUCCCACCUCAACAAGUGCAACUCAUCAUCCAAGACAUACGAAAGUGGUCUGGCUGACCUGGAUGUAAGUCCAGAGGCCAAAGGACACAGGUCAAAUGGGGACAUCACCACUCACAGGUCGGCUUACAGCAUUGAGGACGAGAGAGGGGCUGGAUUAACAGAGGGCAAAAGGUCUAGCCACAGCAUGUUAGGGCGGAUCAAGGUUCUAACCAGCUGCCUGAGCAGCUCAGAUGAGGGGUGGAGUCGGGAGGACAUGACCGCCUCCUCUGAGGAUUCCUCCGCAAAGCGGCGGCUCUCGUCCAAGAUCACCAAGAAGAAGAUGAAAAAGAAAAAGAAGGAGAACGGCGGGGAAGAUGUCGAGAAACGCAAUGCGGAGGAGAAGAGCAGCAGUGAGUCAGAGGUUGGGAUCAAAAUAAUUGAGGCAACAGCCUUAGAGAUGGUAGACGAGGCAGCAGUUGAGAAGGAGGUUGAGAAGAAACCCAAAGAUGCUGUGGUGGAAGCCACAGACCACAUGGAGAUAUCCAGAGGACCAGAAAUCUCUGAAAAAGAACUACCCGAGUUAACACCACCUGAUGUGCUCAAGGAAAUAAAACAGAAAGGUGACAAAGAGGCCCCUUCAAGUCCUCAGUCUGAUAGAGUCAACGAGCAGGCACAGUGUCAUGAAAAGAUGGUUGUGGCUCCUCAACACUCUGGAUCCAGUAUUGAGCUCCUGCAUGAUGACAAUAAGGAUGUUGAAGGUGGAGAACAAGUGUUGUCUGCCAUCGUGACUCCAGGCAAGACGUCUCUAACCAUUGCCAAGCCAGCAAUCUCUGGUGAAACCAAAACUCCAUCCAAGCGAAGCCUACAACGUGGGAGUGACACCAAUCAAGUCCAUGUUACCCACCACGGAAGUGCUCCUGUGCAGGUGCUGAAACAGGCUGACGAAGAGGACAUGAAAUCCCAGCCAGAGAUUGCCCUGAAAGCUGUUAAGGAGCGCUACAGGGUCCUGAGCGAGCAGAUCAGUGACGCCAUCCCCGGCGUGUCCAUCGAUGAGAAGGUCCGGCUGGCAGUUCUUGGCUCUCUGUCCUACGCUGCCAAGAGCGGUGACCGACCCGAGACAGGGAGGAGGGUUGCGAGUGCCCCUGGUCCACUGGAGAACAUGGCCCAGCAUCUGGCUGAAGAGUUCGCCCAGGAACAAGCCGAGUCGGGCAUUGCCAGCUUUGAGGGCACUUACUGUGAUGAGUCCUCCAACCACUACCAUGGGAGUAUCAAAGGGAAGAAAGACUCAAGAUCAAGUAGUGACAGUGCCAAAGAUCUCUCCACAUCAGCACAAGACCGUUCAGCAGACGUGACAACGUCAUCUGACAGCAGUCAGGACGACUAUAUCCAAAAGAUGCGAGCAGCUCAGAGAUUGAUAAACAGUCACCAUAAAACCACCCCAACUCCCCAACAGCUUCCUUCCAUGGUGGUAAAUGUAGAUGGUAACACAAAAGCAGCCGGUGACCUGCUAGACAGCGUAUAUGACCCUGGCUUAAUGCUUAUCAGGAACGAUGAUGACAGAGACAUCAAGAAGGGUAAUCUGGGUGACAUCAGCCCAUCAACGGUUUCCUCUGGCUAUGGUAGUGCUUUCCAAGCCAAGCUCGCCGAUCUGGAAGCCAAUCUCAACAUGAGUGUGGGCCUUGGGAAACCUUAUAAGGUGGACGUACCCAUAGAGGAGGAUUCAAUGAGGAAGAAGGAAUUGGGCUACAUCCUGAAGAUGUUAGAGAAGGAGGGAGGAGGGCAGGGCCCAGACAGUCAUAGGGAUCCAGCCCUCCUGGAGUCGGCUGUCAACUAUUUGUACUGGAGCCGGCACGAUGCUCAGGACCUGCUGAGGAAACCCCAGCAGCAUCAGAAGGUAGUGAUCGAAGACCAGUUAGAGGCCCAGAAUCUACAACUUGACCUGCCGCCUUACAGUGCUGUCAAGGGCAGUGAGACACUUGAACGUCUUAAGGCUGAGCUGGAGCACAAACUGAAACAUGUGGAAGAUGCCAUUUCCCAAAACCAAGAGUCCGAGGCAGCUCAGGUAGCUGCGGACCUUGCCAAAACAGAACCCCGGCCCAAAACACUAGAAGAUAUACGGAGCUCACUGACUGCACAAGAGCAGGUCAGAAAGGAUGGCACUGUCCAACCGCCCAUCAGCAAACCAGUGAACCUGGCCCUGCCCAACACCGACACCCAGUAUUCCUCAUCCUCUUCUUCCACGGAGGAUAGCCGGCCACCCAGCAGCUUCCACUACAACCGGUCGGUGGCCCUGAUGUCACCGGGGGGUGCUCUAGGGAGCAGCGUCCUCUUAGAGGAGUGCGAGAGUGCCAGGAGGGUGCGUCGCGAGAUGGAGGAGAGGAUCGCUGAGCUGGAGAGGGGGAAAGAGGAGAUGGCCGCUCAGAUGAAGGAACGGCGCUUGACUUCGGUCCAGCUAGAAGCUCAUCUCUUCAGUCAGCUGACCACACUGACACAGGAGUAUCAGAAUCUCAUGGCCCAUGACCAGGAACAUAAGCAGCUGUCUAAGGAAUUGAAGUUGCAGUUGGAUAGGAAACAGAAAGAACUGGAAGAGGCUCUGACACAUACCACCCAGGAAGGCACUGACUCCCAACAACUCCAGGACAAACUCGACGCUGUCACCUUUGAGUCCAAGGAGAAGAUUCACCAGCUCAUCGUCCAGCUGACCCUUGCCCAGCAAGAGAAAGCCAGGCUGCAGAAGAGCCUGCAACAGGAGGCGGUGCGGCAGGAAGCUGUUCGCGAAAAUGCCAAGAAGAGAGCAGAAGAGGCUAGGAGAGAGAAGGACACCUUGAUUGAGGAGCUGAAUCAAGAGAGAAACAAUCGCACCCAGCUGGAUGCUGAGCUCCUGUCCCACGCUAGGGACCUGCACCAGCUGGCUGCCUCCCUGCAAGAUCUGCAGGUGGAAAACCGCAGCCAGGCCGGCGAGGUGCGGCGCCUGCACGGCGCACUGGAGCAGUCCAUCCAGGACCGGGCUGAGCUGCAGCAGGAGCUGAAGGAGGCCCAGCAAAGGCUGGAAGCCAAGGAGGAGCAGUGGAAGAGGCAGAAGCAGCAGCUGAUUGACCACUUGAGCGAGACCAAGGCGUGCCUAGAGAAGCACCAGCUGCACCUGAAGACGCUGAGCCACGCCAACGGCACGCUGUCAGGCUCCGCCGCCCAGCUGCGGGACAGUUACCAGGCCCUGAGCUGCCAGCUCCACGAGGAGCGUCUGGCUAAGGAGAGGGCCAGCCAGGAGGCGGAAAGGGUCCGUGAGGAGCUGGAGGCAGAGAGAAAGAAGAGGGAAGAGCUUGUCAGUUCCCAGUUAUCUCAGUGGCAUCGGAAUUUGCAGACCAGCACCAAAAAUCUGUCAGCUGCUCUUCAGAACAAAAUACAUCGUCAACAACAGGAGUUGCAGUGGCUGAGAGUGACCAACACAGAACUCACUGCCGACCUCCCUAGCAAUAUCAGACUUUCCGAGGGUGUUGGUGGACAGUGUGACCUGCUACAUGAGGUGAGCACAUCAGGAGCCUGUCAUGAUCAGCAUCAGUCGCACCAUCAGCACCGCGUAGGUUCAAACAGUGGGGGCAGCAUUUGGACGGAGCCUUGCCAAUGCUGCCACGACUGCCACAGGCAUCACAGACAAUGCUGAGUGUGCACUCAACUCCCCAUCAACACAAUUCCCCAUCAACACAACUCCCCAUCAACACAACUCCCCAUCAACACAACUCCCCAUCAACACACCUCUCCAUCAAGGAGUCAAAAUAUUUACAAUGGUCAGGAAUACCAAGUGUGUCGUCAGUAAAAUAUUGGGUAUUUUAUUUCAAGGAAUCAUUAAGUGAGAAUAUCCAAUUUGCAUUUAUAAUUAUUACAGCUAUUAUAUAGCAUUAACAUGAAUGGGCACCUGCUGGUCUCCUCGGAAAAAAAUCCAGUCAAAAUAUUUCACUCAGUCAAGAUAACUGAUACACAUAUCAGUCGCUUAAUAUGAUUCGAAAAAGAAAUGCCACAUCUUCAUGGCAAAAUCGAAUUCCACAAGAAAUGUAAUGAAGAAGUCAAAACUCUUUUCCGUAAGAAACUCGCUUAAAAUUCCCUUAACUUUAUGAAAUAUUGCAAAAUCUUGCUUGAACUCAGCACAUGCUUCUUGAAACUUCAUGCAUAUUAUCAGUAACUGAUAAUGCUUUGCUUGAUCAUGUAAAAGAAAAAUUAGGAGCCAUACACCAUUCAGAAAUUAACUACGUACUUGUCAAAAAAAAAAUGAAAAAAAUGCAAACCGAGUUCUGUGUCAAAGAUGUGUCAUUAAAUUUGGAAUUCUGAUGAAAAUGGG